AUGGAGGAUGGGGGUAAAAGUAAUGAUAAGAAGUCUUGGACGGAAUUAAAGUAUACAUUGUGUGAAUUGCGUCGUCAUUUAGCAUCAAUAUCGACUGUAGUUCCAACAUCUAUUUCUUUCCGAACUUUAUCAGAUGGUUCUACACGAAUAUUUUUUUUGGGAACUCUUACAAAUGGUUGGGAAACAACCCUUCAUUAUGCCGAUAUACCUGGAGAAGAAACCCGGGUAAUGGGUAAACUUCACUGGCAACAGCUCUUGGAAUUCAAUUUUCAAAAUACACCUUCAAUAAACCGCUCCACUAGAGAAGAGCAACUAUUGCUGGAAAGGAAACGGUUGACCACUUGGGGUAUAACAUCUUAUGAGUUACAUCCUAGUUCUGGAAAAAUUGUCUUUCCUGCAGCUGGAACACUAUAUCAGUGUAUAGACAAUCCACACAGGAACGGACCAUUAUUUCCUUCAGAACUUAGGACUGGAACUCUAGGUGCCAAGUUAAAUCCUCUCAUUUGCCCUUCAAAUCCUGAUCUGGUGGCAUUUGUUUCAAACUGUGAUAUAUGGGUGGCUCAUGAACCCUCUGGAAUAUCAGAGCGUUUGACGUUUUCUCACAGAGGAGGUAGAAACAUCGCUGAUGAUCCAUUAUCAUCUGGAAAUCCCUCAUACGUAAUCCAGGAAGAGUUCAAUCGUUAUCAGGGUCUUUGGUGGCAGCCAGAUUCCAAAGAUGGACUUUACAGGAUCCUGUAUGAGGAAGUUGAUGACAGCGAAGUUAAUAUUUAUACUUUCCCUUCUUCUACCUACCUGCCGAAUGGUGAAGUUGAACAAUAUAGGUUCCCACGAGCUGGAUCUCCAAAUUCCAAAUCAAACUUUAAAUUGAUUGAAUUGACUGUUAGUGAAAACGAAAUAUUGAGGUCACGAAUUUUGGAAUUAGGGCAGCCUAUAUCCCAGAUGUUUCCUUGGGUUGAGUACAUUGUUAGAGCUGGAUGGACGCCUGAUUCAAACUAUAUAUGGUUAGAGCUGCUGGAUAGAAGACAGAAAAGAUUAGAACUUGUUGUGAUACCUUUAGAGUGUUUUGUUGAACCUCCUCCAAAUGUUUACUCUCGUUUAGACGGAAGACUUGACGAUCCAGGGUCACCUCUUGUCCAUGUUGUUGCAAGACAGACAUCAGAUAUAUGGAUAAACGUGAGUGAUUUAUUAUAUAUAAUGCCAACCAUGGAGGGUGGAAAAAUGACAUUUAUUUGGGCAAGUGAGGAAACAGGUUUUCGGCAUCUUUAUCUGGUAACCGCUCAUCUUUCAUCAAUCAGCAAUGGAAUCGAUGCUACAUUCGAUGACAGUGAAAUGAAGUGUCGAAGUACGUCAGUUGUUGCUUUAACUUCUGGAGACUGGGCAGUUUUAGAUGAAGGUCUUUGGGUUGAUUCUGAAAGGGGGCUUGUUUAUUUUACUGGACUUAAGGAGACACCACUUGAAAAACACCUCUACGUUGUUUCUAUUUAUUAUCCUGGACAAGUGAGGCUAUUGACUCAUACUGGAUUUUCAUAUAAAGUGGAAAUUAAUGCAGACUGUUCUAUAUGUGUGGCUACGUAUUCAAAUAUUAAAAAAUUACCGGCUUGUUUAGUAUUCAGGAUUACUCAUACUGAUGCAACUGUUGAUGGCAUUACUCUAACUCCUAUUGGGCAUCUAGUUGAACCUCAAGUUCCUGAAAAUCCAGUUCCUUCACCUGAUUUGUAUAGUCAUGAAAUCUCAUCGGGUGAUGUUCUUUAUGCAAUGGUCUUACGUCCAUAUAAUGCAGUUCCUGGACAGAAAUACCCAACUGUUUUGAAUGUCUAUGGAGGACCAGAAGUUCAAGUUGUCACCAAUACUUUCAAGGACUUGAGGUAUCUCAGACUUCAUAUGCUGGCAUCUCAAGGGUAUUGUGUCAUCGCUAUUGAUUCUCGAGGUUCAUAUCACAGAGGUUUAGCCUUUGAAUCACACAUCAAGCACAGAAUGGGAACAGUUGAAUUAGAAGACCAAAUUGAAAUGUUGAUGUGGCUCUCCAAAGAAGUGUGUCUUAUUGAUAUCUCUCGAGUAGCCAUAUUUGGAUGGUCAUAUGGUGGAUAUUUGAGCCUCAUGGGUCUUGCUCAGCAUCCUGAUGUUUUCAAAGUUGCAGUAGCUGGUGCUCCAGUCACCUCUUGGGCUCUUUACGAUACAGGAUAUACAGAAAGAUAUAUGGAUCUACCUAACAACAAUCCUCAAGGUUAUAAAAAUGGUUCAAUUUUGACUUAUGUCAAUCAGUUUCCUGAUGAAGAAAAUCGAUUAUUAAUUGUUCAUGGACUUCUUGAUGAAAACGUCCAUUUUACACACACUAGUUCUCUUAUUAGCCAGCUUGUAAGAAGAGGAAAACCCUAUCAGCUGCAGGUUUAUCCCACUGAAAGACACAGCCUAAGAUCCCUCGAUGCUAGUAAACAUUAUGAAACAAUGCUUUUAUCAUUUCUUCAGAAGAACCUGUAA